CUCUCUCUAUCUCCUCCCUCCUGCUGCACCUCUGUGGGUGUGUUUCGUUAUUUCCCCUCCAAUGUCCUGCAGGCAGACUUUGAAAUAGCAGAAUUUCUGAUUUCCUGAACGCACCUCAUACACAAACAAGCACGCCUGGCUACUGUACCAUUUGAACAUACCCUUGUGGACGCAGGUGGAUGCUGGUGCCUUGACGGAAAGCAACAAACAACUCAGGAGUGGCAAAGCAGAGCUGAGGCAGUUUGUGAAACGUGGACGUAUGACAGGCUGUUGAAAGGGAAGUAGAGGAACGAUGGAGGGACAUGCGGAUCGGAGAGAAGAUAACGAGUCGUCCUCCGUAUGGUUCACCGGUGUUCAUAGACAAUCAUAAACAAACGUCAGAUGCUUUUAAGAAGCAUCAGGAGGAUGUGUGGCCUUUUCUUUGAAGAAAAGUGGAGAUGGAAACUUUGUUUCCUUCAGGUCAUCUGGUUUUUCCUGGCUGCAGCAGCUCCAUCCACAGUUGCCGGAUAUUUCCUGGGAGACGUUAAGGCAGUAUUAAAUGGCUGUGAAGACCACUGGACCUUUCAGGGCAGGACCCCCAUUCCACAGCUUUCCCAGAUGACUGUAUGUGUGAAUAUUCAUGUGGUUGAGCCGGGACCCUGGGUGGCCUUCUCUUACAGCUCGGUCCGCUCACCCAAUCCAGAUUUGGGUCUGGAAGGGGACGACAAAGCGAUUUAUGGGUGGCUACUCCAAGUCCGGCACCAGUUUCCAUUCAAGAUGUCCCCAAUGGCAUGGCACAGGGUGUGUCUAAGGAGGGACGCACAGGGAAAUACCUUCAGUCUGGAGGUUGAUGACAAACUAAUAGCAGAGAGGACGGUCAUUGCACAGGCCAUCCCUCCGUCUGGUUUCCUGCGACUGGGCUGCCAUAAAACAAACCGGGCACCAGGAGCUGUGAUGGGAAAAGUGGAACUGUACCUUUUCCGCAUGUGGGCAGACCUGGGUGAACACAGUUCCUGCGAGGAUGGGACUGUGAUUGGCUGGAAUACAAACCACUGGGAUGUUACCAGUCUUAAAGCCAAAGAAACAGACACAUCUCUUCCAUGUGGCUAUGGUGUAUCUGAAAAUGUGAACAACCAAAAUCCAGGAAAUCACAAAGUUACCUGUGAUAUCAGUCAAUUAUGCUCCAACGAAAAUGCGUACUACUGGAUGCAGAUAAGAACUGGACAGACCAAUACACCUGAAUCACAGGUUCAAACUUUGGUGUCAACAGCAUUUGAUUGUAACAGGACCAGAGGUGAGGCAACAGGUGGAGCAGCACACUUUAAUGAGUUCUGUGAGGCUAUUGGACAACUUCAGGUUGUGAACGUGUCAUGCAGAGCAAAAAAUGCUACAAGCAGCCAAAGUGUCUGUGACGUGCUACUGCUGUUCAGCCAUGCUGUUUCAACGUGGGACCUGCAGUGUGUUGGCGAGGCUGCGAUGCAGGAUGUUGAAGAAUCACUUAAACCAAUCAUCAUUGGGAAAAUUGAGAGAGUUGCAGCCAGAAUUCUCUGUGAGGAUGUGUUGCCCUCUAGUGGUGGCUUUGUGAGAUGCGUGUCACCGGUUUCUCUGGAAGAAAUCUGCAAGUCAAACAGGACCACUAACGUCACAUGCUCUGUCUUAGGGAAAAACUCUGAGGCUGCUCCCCAAGACGCGACAAACUCCUGCCACCGGACGGGGCCAGUCUACUGCAACUGCUCUGCGUUUUGUGAGACUGAAAGCCAGAUUUAUGCUACAAAAAUUAAAAUCACGAGUGCCAAUGUAACAACUGACUACCUUAGAAAGUUGUUAUUAAACUCGUACGCUUCCUCGUUUUGCAACAGAAGCUCACAGUAUAACGACUUUACAGACAUCCUUGAUAAAUUCAAGCGUGUUCAUCUGGAAUGUCACGGGGUAGAUCAUCCACGGAGGUUGUACAGCUGCAUGGUGGUAUUGGUGAUGUCUGGACCCGUCAAUUUCUGCUCCCUCAGAAAACUUGUGGAACUCAUAUUUGAAAAGGAAGAGUCCAUCACAAGCGACCGAUCACUUUCACGACUGAUGUUGUGUGGCGCUGCUCUUGAUUUGUCUGACCCUGCCCUGUUGGCAUCCAACCUGACCUGGACUGAAGUUGACCAGCCUUCCUCUGAGUUUUGUCAACCUGGCUCUCUCCUGAAAUGUGAAGCUAAUCAGACAUUUGCCGUUCUCCUGGCGGACAGUUGCCCUACAGAGCCCCAAAUAACAAGCACAACUCGGCCCAUCACUCAGACCAACAGCUUCACAGCAUCGUCAUAUGUGAUCCACACAACUGAAAUCGAUAAACAAAAACAGACAACCUUAAGUCAAAACACAAUUUCCACACUACCAAACACCUCAACAAUGUCAAACUUUACAUCUGGCAAUGCUACCAUGAACUCUACAAUGUCAACCAAUCAUGCAACAGUGUUAACUACAGCCAGUGUCUCUUCUUUCAGUGAACCAAAUACUUACAUUGUAUCUACAGUUAAACCGCCCCACAGUCAGACAGCAGUAACUACAACCAGUCUCCUUGCAUCCAUCAAAACCAGCAGCUACAGCAAAGCUACAAUUACAGCCCACAGUCACACACCUGUAUCUUCAACUAGUGUCCUCACAUCCAGUGACACCAAAAGCUAUGACAAAACUACUAUUAGACCUUCUACUAGUGGCUUAACUGUGCCCAGUGCAACCACAACUGGCGCCUUUGCAGCCAGUGAAACACAAGAUAACAAAGUAACUGCAGUUGCAUCGUCAUCCAAUGACACUACAGUGCACAAUGUAACUACAUUGAAUAUCUUUACAGUUAGUGAAACAGGAAAGGACAAUGUAACUACAGUAAUCAGUCAAAGUACCAAAAACAGCAAUGGAGCAACAACAAGUGAUACCAGUCUUCCAACAUUUACAAACACACAAAAUGUAACACCAACAAGCAAUGUUAACAUAAAACUGCAUAAUGUAACUGCAGAAGCAAACAAUAUUUUUACCAGUGUUACUUCAAAUGACAUAAGGCCAUAUACAACACCUGGCAACAAAUACACAACAGGGAAUAUUGUAACAACACCCAGCAACAAGCAUACAAUGUUCUACAAUGCUACAACACCCACUAACAAUAAUACAACUAUCUACAAUGCUACAGCACCCAGCAAAAAUUACAUAACAGUCUACAAUGCUACGACAUCCACUGACAAUCACAAAACUAUCCACAAUGCUACAACACCCAGUGACAAUCAUACAACGCUCACUGAAAAUUACACAACAAUCUACAACAAUGCUACAACACUGAACAACAACUACACAGCAUUCCAGAAUGAUACAGCCAUGACUGACAAUAACAAAAAUAUCCAUAAUGCUGUAACACCCAGCAACAAUGGUAUAACACCAAGCAAUAAUGAAACAGUUCUUUACAAUACUACAACACUUAGCAAUGAUGGCAGAACAGUCUUUAAUACAACAAGGACCAGCACCAGCCACGCAGCACUCUACAAUGCCACCACACCCCACAGCAGUGACAAAACAGUCUUUGAUGUUACAUCACCCAACAUCAAUCAAACAAUGGUCUACAGCAGUACAACACAGAGCAGCGAUCACACAACAGUCUACUCUGCUACAUCACCCAGCAACAAUCGCACAACAACCUACAAUCCUGUAAUCCAUAGCAACAAUAUCACAACAGUCAACAAUGCUACAACACCAAGCAAUAAUGUAGCAAUAGUCAACAAUACCACAACACUGAACAAUAACGAAACAGUAUACAAUCCUACAACACCCAGCAAUAAUCACACAACAACCUACAGUCCUACAAUACAUAGCAUCAAUAUCACAACAUCCUACAAUGCUACAACACCAAGCAACAAUGAAACAGUGGUCAACAAUACUACAACAACUACUAAAAAUACAGUCUACUAUGAUACAACAUUCAGCAACAAUUACACAACAGUAUACAACAGUACAACACCUAGCAGCAACCACACAACAGUCCAUGAUGCAACAGCAUCCACCAACAACAACCCCACAAUGGACUUUAACAGCACAACGCCUAGCAGCAACUACACAACAGUAUAUAAUGCAACAGCACCCAGCAACAAUCACACAACAAUCUACAAUGCUAAAACAUCAAGCACUGAUGUAACAGUAGUCAACAACACUACAACACUGAGCAAUAACAAAACAACCUACAAUCCUACAAUCCAUAGCAACAAUAACUCAACAGUCUACGAUGCUACAACAUCCAGCAACAAUUACACAACGGUCUACAACAGUACAACACCGAGCAGUAAUCACAACACGGUAUAUAAUGCAACAGCAUCCAGCAACAAUCACUCGACAGUCUACCCUGCUACAUCACCCAGCAACAAUCACACAACAACUUACAAUCCUACAAUCAAUAGCAACAAUAUCACAACAGCCUACAACACUGCAACACCUAGCAACGGUGAAACAAUAGUCAACAUUACUACAACGCCUAGCAAUAUCAAUACAGUCGACUAUGCUGCAACAUCAAGCAACAAUUACACAACGGUCUACAACAGUACGAAAACCAGCAACAAUCACACAACAACCUACAAUCCUACAAUCCAUAGCAAUAAUAUCACAGUCUACAAUGCUACAACACCAAGUAACGAUGUAACGAUAGUCAACAAUGCCACAAUGCUGAGCAACAACCACACAACAGUCUACUCUCCUACAACACCCAGCAACAAUCACACAACAACCUACAUUCCUACAAUCCAUAGCAACAAUAUCACAACAGUCUACAAUGCUGGUACACCUGGCAACAAUAACUCAACAGUCUACAAAGCUACAACACCGAACAACAAUGUAACAGUAGUCAACAAUACCAGCAAGAAUCACACAGCAAACAAUCCUACAACACCUAUGAACAAUCACGAAACAGUCUACAGUGCUACAACACCAAGUAGUGAUGAAAUAAUUGUCAACAAUACCACAACACUCAGCAACAACAAUGACACAGCAUUCUACAAUGUUACAACACUUGCUGAAAAUCACACAACAGUCCAUAAUACAACUGCCAGCAACAAUUACGAAACCGACUAUAAUGCAACAACACCCAGUAUCAACCAUACAACAGUCUACAAUACAACAACUCUCACUGACAAUCACAUGACAGUCAAUAAUGCUACAGUUGCGAGCAACAAUUACACAACAGUCUACAGUACUACAACACCUUACAACAAUAAUCAUACAUCAGCCUUCAAUGGAGCAACUCCCAGUUACUUAACGGAGCACAAUGUAACAACAACCAACUACAAUUACACAACAGUCCAAAAUCCUACAACACAAACAGACAAUCAUUCAACAGUCUAUGAUGCUGCUAAACCUAGCAUCAUUUUGACCACGGUACAGAAACCAACCACGUCAAGUAACGAUUACACAACAAUACAGAAUCUAACAAUUGUUACCAGUAAUUUGACAAAUAUACAUAAUACAACAAUAAAUAAUGAUUUCACAACAACCUACAACACUGUAUCACCCAAUAACAAUCACACAACUAACAAUCCUGUUGCGGUAAACAAUACAACUAAAUUUAAUAAUUCCACCAGUUUGUACACUACACCCAAGUCCUCCAUCAAUUACACUGUAACAGCUGGCACAGAAGCAAGCAGAACUACAAACCUCAACUCUGCUACAGAAAAUAGGACUUUAGUUCCUGACAACAACACAAAACCUACAGAAGUUUCAUAUAUUAACGAGACUCCAAACUACACCACAAUUAGUGUCACUCGCAUGACUACUGUACAUAAAAAAGACAGCAGCACCACCACAGCAACCAAACCAUUAAGCCCCAAUUUUACGACAGGUAAUACAUCUUUUGUCAUUGCUACAACUGCAGCUACAACUAUACAUGACACAACAAAGAAAAGCACAAUUACUAGUAAAGUGUCUUCAACUACUAAGAAAACAACUCUCUCAACCACCAAAACUACACCGAGCACAGUGACCAACGCUGCAAAUACUUUGAAGACCACUGUGAGGACAAGUACAAGGGCAGACAGUAAAGACGAACAGGCCAAUGAGCUGUUGAAUCAAACACAAGAUCUGGCUAAGCUCAACUCUUCCAUGGUAUCUAACAUAAUGGGGGACAUGGAAAAACUUCUUGAGGGCUCAUCUGUCAAUCAGUCACUUGGGAAAAAAGUAAUUGAUAUCGUAAGCAACCUCAUGGAUGGUGACCCUCAGGUUCUUUCUGGAUUAACAAACAGACUGAUUCGGCUGGUGGACAAUCUGGCUCUAAAGUUAGAUUUCCAGGGGGAAAGUGGGAUCCUGUCUUCAACCUCUCUGGUUCUGGCAGUGAGGACGGUGAAUUGGACCAAUUUUCCUGAAACCACCAUUGAUAUAUUUAACACUGAUGAUGUGCAGCUUCGAGGCAUCAGCAGGUCCCGGGUCAAAAGGUCAGCUUCUGCUUUGGGCUCGGUGGACCUACCCUCUUCUCUUACAGCAGGGCUCAGUCCUGAAGAGAAGCAGCAGGCCAGCAGAGUCCAGUUCACAUUCUACAUCAAUAAUUCCCUAUUUAAGGAUUCUUCUCUAGACAACAAAACAGCUGUCAGUGCCGUUCUAGGGUCCAGCGUGGCUAAUCUGUCCAUCAGCAAUUUGAAGGAGAACAUCACAUUUACCAUCAGCCACAUGAAUUUAAGUCUAGACAACAGCACAUCCUGUGUGUUCUGGAGUUUCACUAAAAACAAUGGUUCAGGAGGCUGGGAUGACUCUGGCUGCUCUGUUGUGACUGCCACUCCUGAACACACAACCUGCAGCUGCAAUCAUCUCACUUCCUUUGCAAUACUACUGGAUUUGUCCAGAGAGGGAGUACCUGACCCUCUCCAGUCAAAAAUAUUGACUUUCAUCACCUACAUUGGCUGUGGAAUUUCAUCUGUUUUCCUCGCUGUCACCCUAAUAACAUAUAUGUUAUUUGAAAAACUGCUGCGUGAUAUUCCAGCCAAGAUCCUGGUCCAGCUCUGCUUCUCCCUCCUGCUCCUCAACCUGCUCUUCCUGCUGGAUGGAUGGCUGUCUGACUACAAGAACUACAAUCUCUGUAUCAGCACCGCCUUCUUCCUGCACUACUUCUUGCUGUCGUCGUUUACCUGGGCGGGGCUGGAGGCCCUGCACAUGUACCUGAGCAUCGUGCGAGUGUUCACGCCCUACCUGAGUAGAUACAUGCUGAAGUUCUCCCUGAUGGGCUGGGGUAUUCCGCUCGUCGUGGUGGUCAUCACCAUAGCGGUGGACAAAGACAACUACGGUCUGGUUAAAUUCGGAAAUUACACAGGAGGGACGGCAGACAACUUCUGCUGGCUGAGAAACGACAUCGCCUACUAUGUGGGGGUCGUCGCCUACUUCAUCCUCAUUUUUGUCCUGUGCUUGAUGGUCUUCAUCGUCGUCAUGGUCCAGCUUUCCCGCAUCAAGAAGCAGAACCCUCACAACCAGUCUCCCAACAGGAGCGCGAUGACCGACGUGAGGAGCAUAGUCGGCCUCGUCCUGCUGCUUGGCCUCACCUGGGGCCUUGCUCUGUUCAGCUGGGGGGAAAUCAGACUCCCUUCUUUGUACCUUUUCACCAUAUUUAACUCUCUGCUAGGUCUGUUUGUCUUCAUUUUCCACUGUGCUGUGAAGGAAAAUGUUCGCCGGAUGUGGAGAACGUAUCUGUGCUGUGGAAACAUGCGGCUGGCUGAGAACUCAGAAUGGAGUCGGACGGCCACCCACAACAAGUCCUCAAACUUGUUGGAGGCCACCAAGACCAUCUCGGGUCUCCAACACAGCAACCGUAGCUCCACCGUCGCCAGCGACCACACCAACAGCAGCAGCUCGGUGUACGUGGAGAGUGGCAUGUCGGACCGCUCCCACAGCGACGUUGUCCUCAAUGAGAUUCACAGGCGGAGCCAGUCUCAGCAAGGCGAACCUUGAUGAGAAGGGCAUAUGCACCCCCACCCCCCCCCAGCCCCCCCACAAAUUAGUGAUCUCUUUCAGACUGAAGACUAAUCGUAGGGUUCACCUGAUCCUCAGCGUUGCACAAGAAUAAGUCUUUAAAGGUGAAAUGAAGGAGGAAAACAGAAUAAGACUGAGAAAAAAAAAAACUUCCCUGACACUAUUUCCCCCAUGGAAGUUACAAUGAAGGAAGAACGUUAGCAGAGGUCUAACUUGUUUAUGACUGAAAAAUAGAGGUAUUUUACUUUUAGACUCCAUUUCAUUUAAUCUUUCACAAAAUAAUAUGAUCUAGGCAUCGUUUUAGCUGCAAGUAAGAUGAAGAUGGCUAAGUGCAUUACUUUAUUGUGUAAAGCAGAUACUUCUAGCAUUUUAAUGACUACCAUGAGGCAGUUCUCGUGUCCUUCUGUUGUCUGGAAGGACGUGGUUGUCUGGGAACUUACAUAACCUCAAUACAACUGUGCCAAUGGAUUUUACUGCCACUUGUUACCGAUGGGUCCAAUCUGAGGGGGACAAAACUUCUUUUAGAUGGAUUCACAAGCUGUGACCACAGACAGGCGACCCAUCUGUGCCAAACUCAACUACCAUCCUUGUUAAUCUAGUAGCUGAUUAGAAGAAUCCCGUGUGAUGAUAGGACUAGAUUUGUCUUUAACCUGCUGUUUAAUUUGCAGAAAUAGUGUUUAUAUGUCAUUCAAGCGACAUUAGAGCCUUCGUUUCUUUGCAGAUUGAAUAGAAAUCAUUUUUAAAGCAGCGUUUAUCUUCUUUUGCAUGAGAAGAAACCUUCGCAGGAGUGUCAGCAUCACCCACAAAUGAAGAUAAUAAACCUUUAACUCAGACUCU